AGUCGAACGGGAGUGUAGGCAGGCAGAGGGAAAAUAAGCAUAUACAUUUUUUUUUAUUCGAGUGGAAAAGAUUUAUUGAUUUUUUUGUGCAAUUAGCUGAAUAAAUAUAAUUCAUUUUUAUGUGAAUAGUGUGAUUGAAAAUGUAAUUAUUUUAUCUGUUUCUAUAUCUGAUAAGUAAGAUGUCUCACUUCUGUCGUGCAUGAACCCCACAACACAAUUUUGGAUUAAACCGCCGCUGGAGCAUUAAUCCAUAGUAUAAAGUUUUCUUAAUUAAGUGACUUAAAACGCCACUUGUGUUGUCAGUUAUAUUUUAUCUUUGAUAUAUAACCAUAGCUACAUUUCUAUCAACCUUGGUAUUAACUUGUCUAUGAUCUGUGAUUGUUAAUAAUGCGCGAAAAUUCUGCUGUUUAGUUGUGGUUGGCAUGGAAACGUGGUUACAUUGAAGUAUAACAUUUUGUCGAAGAUUAUAUAGUUUGUAAAUCAGCUCGAAGAUGAAGAUAGAGGAAGUGAAGAGCACAGCGAAGACGCAGAGGAUCUCUGCACACAGCCACGUCAAGGGCCUGGGCCUCGAUGAGAACGGCAUGGCCAUCCAGAUGGCGGCCGGCCUGGUGGGGCAGGAGCAGGCACGGGAGGCGGCCGGCAUCGUCGUCGACAUGAUCAAGUCGAAGAAGAUGGCGGGGCGGGCGAUCCUGCUCGCGGGGCCCCCCGGGACGGGCAAGACCGCGAUCGCCCUGGCCAUCGCACAGGAGCUCGGCAGCAAGGUCCCCUUCUGCCCCAUGGUCGGCUCGGAGGUCUACAGCUCGGAGAUCAAGAAGACCGAGGUCCUCAUGGAGAACUUCAGGCGAGCCAUCGGCUUGCGGAUCAAAGAGACAAAAGAAGUGUACGAGGGGGAGGUGACAGAGUUGACGCCGGUGGAAACGGAGAACCCGAUGGGGGGCUACGGGAAGACCGUGAGUCACGUGAUCAUCGGGCUGAAGACCGCCAAGGGCACCAAGCAGCUGAAACUCGACCCGUCCAUUUACGAAAGCCUUCAGAAGGAGAGGGUGGAGACGGGGGACGUGAUAUACAUCGAAGCAAACAGCGGAGCCGUGAAGAGGCAGGGGCGGAGCGAUACUUAUGCCACUGAGUUUGACUUGGAGGCAGAGGAGUAUGUGCCGCUGCCCAAAGGCGACGUCCACAAGAAGAAAGAAGUAAUACAGGAUGUGACCCUCCACGACUUGGACGUGGCGAACGCCCGGCCGCAAGGGGGGCAGGACAUACUCUCCAUGAUGGGGCAGCUGAUGAAGCCCAAGAAAACAGAGAUCACCGACAAGCUGCGGAAGGAGAUAAACAAGGUGGUGAACAAGUACAUCGACCAAGGGGUGGCGGAGCUGGUCCCAGGAGUGCUCUUCAUCGACGAGGUGCACAUGCUGGACAUCGAGACGUUCACGUACCUGCACCGCGCGCUCGAGAGCGCCAUCGCCCCGAUCGUCAUUUUCGCCACGAACCGCGGCCGCUGCAUCAUCCGCGGCACCGAGGACAUCAUCUCGUCGCACGGGAUCCCGCUGGACCUGCUGGACCGCCUGCUGAUCAUCCGGACGCUGCCGUACGCCCGCUCGGAGAUCGAGCAGAUCCUGGCGCUGCGGGCGCAGACGGAGGGCAUCCAGGUGGACAAGGAGGCUCUGACGCUGCUGGGGGAGACGGGGGUCAAGGCCACGCUGCGCUACGCCGUGCAGCUGCUGACGCCCGCGGCGCUGACCGGCCGGGUCAACGGGCGGUCCACCAUCGCGGUCGACGACGUCAAGGAAGUCAGCGAGAUAUUCCUGGACGCCAAGUCGUCCGCCAAAAUAUUGACUGUCAACGAGGACAAAUACAUGAAGUGAAAUAACAAGCCAGGCAUGAUGAGUGCUAUCUUAUUCUCGAUCGCCAAGUAUACAUAUUUUAAUUUAUGUAAAACUUCUGUUUUGCAAUAAUAUUGAAUCUUUUAUAUUUAUCUGCAUUUGACUGUAUUCACUAUCAACUUCUCUUUACUAAAAAAGUUUAACCUAUUACCUGGACUGUAUGAAUUGUUUCAAAGUUUCAGUUACAGCCAAUUAUAAGUGCUUUUAUGGAAGUACAAAGUUUUGCUGCACUUUUUUCCCUUAAGUUUUUUUUUUAAAUUUAAAGUUGUAUAUAAAGUAAAACAAAUUAACAAUAACUUUUCAUCAAUACUGAAACAUUCUUGUUGCUUAAAACACUGUCUUGUCAAUUUUAUUGAGAAAUAAAUCUCUUAGUUGAA